UCUUCCGUAGUUUUCAACUUCCGCAAUGCGUGCGUGUUGUCUAUGAUCGCGACGGGAAAGAGAAGCAAAAGAGGACACCAGCAGCAUCCUUGACCUUUCACCCCUUUGCCACGCGGAACCUCAUGUCACGUGUUUUAGUGCUUUCACGUUCAGCCAGCAGACCCUUUGGAUGGCGCCUGUACGAGUGUUGUGCGUUCACGGCUACCGACAGAAUGGCGCCUCGUUCCGGGAGAAGACUGGUGCCCUGAGGAAGCUCCUCAAGAACAAGGCUGAAUUGGUUUACGUGAACGCGCCGCACUUGCUGGUCCAAGGCGAAGAGGGCGACGGCACUGACGGGAAUCCGUACGCCCGAGGCUGGUGGUUCUCGGACCCUGUGGCCCGGACUUUCAGCGCCCAGCAGCCUUGUGAACGGGGCGCAGGCCUGGACGAGAGCGUGGCGGCGCUGAGACAGGCGGUGCGGCGGGACGGACCGUUCGACGGCGUGUUGGGCUUCAGCCAAGGCGCCGCUCUGGUGGCCAUGCUGUGUGCGCUGCAGGAGUCCAACGCCGAGCCGGACUUCGCCUUUCGCUUCGCCAUCCUGGUGGCCGGCUUCCGCAGCGCCUGCGCGCAACACCUCGGGUUCUACUCCAGCCCGCUCCAGAUGCCAUCAAUGCACGUGUUCGGCCUGGAGGACGGUGUGAUACCCGCCAACAUGAGCCGAGAUCUCCUCUCCAUCUUCCGAGAGCCGUAUGUGCUCACGCACACCGGCAGACAUUUUGUCCCAGCCGCCUCCGCUCAUAAGCAAAGUUACCAGAACUUUCUGGAGCGCUUCCAGUGACGAGGGACACACAAUAAGUGCAUUAAAUGAUUGGAACUCUAA